UGUGCCUGGGUUUGAAAACUCUAGGAUGAAACUGCUAAGACAUGUCUCUUUUGUUGAUUGCCCGGGUCAUGAUAUUCUCAUGGCUACAAUGCUUAAUGGAGCGGCAAUUAUGGAUGGAGCUUUACUUCUCAUAGCGGCCAAUGAGAGCUGUCCCCAACCUCAGACUUCAGAGCAUUUAGCUGCUGUUGAAAUUAUGCGCCUUCAGCAUAUAAUAAUUCUUCAGAAUAAAGUUGAUCUAGUUCAAGAAAAUGUUGCAAUCAACCAGCAUGAAGCCAUUCAGAAAUUUAUUCAGGGAACUAUCGCAGAUGGUGCACUAGUGGUACCAAUUUCUGCACAGCUCAAGUAUAAUAUUGAUGUCGUAUGCGAAUAUAUUGUGAAAAAAAUCCCCAUUCCAGAAAGGAACUUCAUUUCACCACCAAAUAUGAUUGUCAUCCGUUCUUUUGACGUCAAUAAGCCUGGAUUUGAAGUUGAUGAAAUUAGAGGUGGGGUUGCGGGUGGAAGUAUUCUGAAGGGUGUUUUGAAGGUGAAUCAAUUUAUUGAGGUUCGCCCUGGUAUUGUUGUUAAGGACGAAAAUGGAAACAUCAAAUGUACCCCAAUAUAUUCUAGAAUAGUUUCGUUGUAUGCUGAGCAAAAUGAACUGCAAUUUGCUGUGCCUGGCGGCCUCAUUGGGGUCGGAACCACUAUGGAUCCUACGCUUACACGUGCUGAUAGGUUGGUGGGACAGGUUCUUGGAGAGGUUGGUUCACUUCCCGAGGUGUUUGUUGAACUGGAGGUAUGCGUUGGUGCAAGAAAAUAACUUAUAUGUGCUUUUAAUUACAUAUAUAGCCCUUG